AUGACACCCUCCGACACAACGAACGUCGAUGCGACUGAGACCGUCUCCAGCGCCGAGUAUCGCAAGCUUAUUUGGAAACUCGACGUGCAUCUUCUACCGCCGCUCUUUGUACUGUGGUUUAUCUCAUUGAUUGACCGCGUCAACAUUGGCACGGCGAGGAUCCAGGGUUUGGAGAAUGAUCUUGACAUGAACCCUCUGUCCAACCAAUUCAACAUUGCGACUGUCGUCGUCUUCAUUGGCCUCAUGCUUGCAGAGGUUCCAAGUAACUGGCUAGUCAAACGAUUCACACCGGCAACCGUGCUCUGCGGAGAGUGCAUAAUUCUCGGGAUCUUCACCAUCGCUCAAGGCCUGCUUAACAACUUCGCCGGCCUUGUUGCCAUACGCCUCGUCAUUGGCAUUUUGGAAGCGGGACUGAUUCCUGGUUCCAUCUUCUUGUUGUCGGCGUAUUACCCGCGAUAUGAGCUGCAAUGGCGAGUGAGCAUGCUGCAUGUUGGCAACGCACUCUCUAAUGCAGUCGGUGGCCUGCUUGCCUAUGCUGUGGCCAGCAUUCAUUCCUCCAACGGAUGGCAUGGAUGGAGAUGGAUCUUCGUCAUUGAGGGCACAAUAACCAUUGCCCUUACCCUCUUAUGCUGGCCUUUCAUGAACAACUGGCCAGACACGGCAAAGUGGCUUAAGCCUACAGAGAAAGCCAUCUUGGAGGAGCGGAUUAGAGUUGACGGCAUCAUCGGCCGUAUGGAUGUUCUGGACCGCAGGGCAAUCAUUCGAUGCCUCACAGAUUGGAAAAUCUAUCUUAGUGCCUUCAUUAUCAUCGGCGUCAUCUCCAGUGUAUACUCAUGCACCCUCUUCGCUCCGACCAUCGUCUCGGUUCUCAAGCCAGGAUCUUCCGCCAAAAAAAUACAGUCCCUCGUGAUUCCCAUCUUUGUUGCAGCAUCGGCCACGACACUGGGAUGCGCAUAUAUCUCAGACAAAUUAAAGCACCGCGCGGGCGUGGCGUUGGCAGGUUGCUUCAUUGCCAUCAUUGGCUACAUCGUCAUUCUUAAUCAAGAGCGUGUCUCGGUUAAUGCACGAUACGGCGCUUUAUAUCUCAUUGCCUCCGGCUCUUUUGCAGCCCUGCCUGGAGCUUGGGUCCUGCUGUUGAAUAAUGUUUCAGGGUCUUACAAGACGGCCUUUGCUAUGGGAAUGGAGAUCGGCUUGGGCAACGGCGGCGGCUUCGUCGCGUCGUUUUCUUUCCAAUCCAAGGCCGCCCCGUUCUAUUGGACGGGAUUCAGAACGACGUUCUCACUCAUGUGUAUGGCCAUGGGACUUAUCUGCCUCUAUUCGACUGGACUUUGGUAUGAAAAUAAGCAAAAGCGUUUGGGGAAGCGAGACUAUCUUCUGGAAGAAGAGGGUGAUAAUUUGGGAGACGCCCAUCCCCAGUUUAUCUAUACUUAUUAG